UGUUGUUGAGUCCAAUUUGUUUAAGGAGUUUAUAAAACUCCUAAAUCCAGAUUACCAAAUUCCAUCAAGAAAAAAGCUUUCAAAUCAAUUGCUAGAUAAAGUUUACAGUGAAAUAACAUCUGCAGCUAUGAAAGAACAUGAAACACUAGGUGUACUGUUAAUCGAUGGUUGGAAGAAUUCUGCUGCUAAUAGCAAACUAGUUGUCUGUACAAUACACACAAUAAUGGACAAGAGUAUGUAUCUGAAUUCAUGGGACUUAACUGGCAUAAGAGAAACAGGAGAUGCACUAACAAAAAUUGUACAUGAAGCAACGGAAAUUGCUAAGAGCAAAUUCAACAUUCGUGUUUAUGCCGUCGUAUCAGACAAUGCUUCUGCAAUGAUAUUGAUGGGUAAUUCAGUUAAUUUAUGGCACGUAACUUGUGCAAGUCAUAGUGGUAAUUUAUUAGCAAAAUCCUUGGUCAAUGUAAAAUUCGCUGAAUCUGUCAAUCAUUUAUUGAGAGAAUUCAAGCAGCCAGGUCUAGAAAAAGAAAUUAUAAAAGGUGGAGAAAAAAAAAUUGUUCUUACGUGCGAAACUCGAUGGUGCAGUUACAGAAAUGCAUUUCGUUGUUGUCUAAAUAAUUUAUCGAUAAUGCGUCGAAUAAUAAAAGAUCAGAAGAUUAGCAUUAAGUGUUCGGAAAUGUUAUUUAGCAAAGAUUUUGAAACAACACUUCAAGAUUACAUAUUGAUAUUUGAUCCUGUGUGCGAACUUAUUAAUAAAUGCCAGCGAUCCAAUUGCAACAUUGCAGAUUCUUGCGAAGAGUGGUUUAAAUUAACUAUACCAACAGUUAAUGACAAUUAUGAGAAAAUAAUAGAAGGGAGACUAAAAAAAGUCUUCAGACCAUCAAUUUUAACUGCCAACUUCCUACAUCCUAUUUAUAAAGGCUUUUCUUCAUAGUACAGAUAUAUUUAAGAUCUUGAAUACUAAAAAUCUUAUGUUUCCUCAUACGUACUGGUUUAUAGCUAGUAAAAAAUACCCUGACCUUGCUGAAUUAGCGGAUAAAUUAAUGAAAAUUCCAGCCUCUUCAGCUCAAAUUGAGCGUUUAUUUUCGCAUUGGUCUUUUAUUCAUUCCGAUAUCCGAAAUCGGUUAACCGCUGAGCGAUCCCAAAAGUUAGUACAAAUAUAUUAUUCAUUAAAAAUGAUGAAUGAAUGUAAUGAAUACGUUGAUGAUUUUAACUACUAAUUAAUAUAAAUUAUUGAGAUUUGAUAUACGGUUUUUAUAACAUUUGUUUUUCUCGUUUGUUAUGUUGAAUAUAAUCUGAGAAAUGAUAAAAGAAAUGAUUACAAAAUUAUAAAAGAAUGUCUUAGAAUUUUGAGUAAAAUUAUAUA